CCAGGAACAGUAAAGAACUGUGGAGAUGGGUUUAUAAAGACCAAUACCCUCGCCUGAGAUGUGGCAACUGCCAGGAUCCUGCUUUAUGUGCUGAUCCACGUGGGGCUGGCCUGACCUGAGACCUCAAGCUCCAGCAUGAGCUGUGUGCGGGCCAGGCUGCUGGCCCGCGGCCUCCUGAAGGGCUGGGCUGGCCUCUGCAGCGCUGACCUCCCCGGAGCCCUCCUCUCCCAGGUGUCGCCCCGCCUCCCCCGGGCCUUCCACUGCAGCACCACCCCCCUCGCCUCCAUGAAGUCCCUGGUUCCUCGACCCAGGGAGCCUGGGAAGAAGCCUGGGAAAGUCCCUGUGCCUCAUGAAGAGCUGUUCCAGCCGACGCCAGGCGGCACAAGAGACAAGGCCAGCUUUGCGCUCGCUGUCCAGAGCUUCGCACAGCACAGCGUGCGCAAGCGUGGCCACGUGGACUUCAUCUACCUGGCGCUGCGCAAGAUGCCCGCAUAUGGCGUAGAGCGCGACCUGGCCUCCUACAACCUUUUGCUGGACAUCUUCCCCAAGGAGGUCUUCCGGCCGCGCAACAUAUUCCAGCGCAUCUUCAUCCACUAUCCGCGGCAGCAGGAGUGUGGCGUGGCCGUGCUGGAGCAGAUGGAGAACCACGGAGUGAUGCCCAACAAGGAGACGGAGUUCCUGCUGCUGCAGAUCUUCGGGCGCGGAAGCCACCCCAUGCUCAAGUACGUGCGCAUGCGCCUGUGGCUCACGCGCUUCCAGAACAUCAACCCCUUCCCGGUGCCGCGCGAGCUGCCCCAGGAUGCAGUGGAGCUGGCCACGCUGGGCCUGCGGCACAUGGAGCCCGACCUCAGCGCCAGGGUCACCGUCUACCAGAAGCCUUUGCCGGAUGACGGGACAGAUCCAGUAGAUUCCGUUCAGCCCCACAUCGUAGGCAUCCAGAGUCCCGACCAGCAGGACGCCCUGGCCUGCCACAACCCAGCCCGGCCACUCUUCGUGGAGGGACCCUUCUCCUUGUGGCUGCGCAACAAGUGUGUCUAUUACCACAUCCUCAGGGCUGACCUGCUGCCCCCCGAAGAGAAGAAAGAGCAGGAGAUCCCGGAGGAGUGGAACCUCUACCACCCGAUGAAGCUGGACCUGGACUAUGCACGGAGCGGCUGGGACGACUAUGAGUUUGAUAUUGAUGAAGUAGAGGAAGGCCCAGUCUUCGCCAUAUGCGUGGCAGGUGCCCACGACCAGGAGACUCUAGCCAAGUGGAUCCAGGGCCUGCAGGAAACCAACCCAGCCCUGGCCCGCAUCCCCGUGGUCUUCCGCCUGGCGGGGUCCACUGGGGAGCUCCUGGCAGCAUCAGGACUGGAGGAUUCACACCAGUCCCAGCAUGAGGGCCAGGAGGAAGAUGAGCGUCUGCAGCGACAGCAGCACGGCCAGAGUUGAAUCUGAGGAGGCUUUGGACUGGUGUGACAGUGCAAAAUUAUGUUUGCGUGUAUAGCAAAUAAAAAUUUUCCUCCUUGGG